CCUCGCCCCCUCGCCCCCUCGCCCCCCUCUGCCUGCGCAUGCCAACAAUGCGCAUCGCAUCCAAGCGUCUAGCCAAAGAGCUCUCCGACCUACGCUCGGGCGCACUCCCAACAGGUUGCACCAUCCUCCAAGCCGAUGACUUGCAGACGUGGAUCUUCCAAAUCGAGACGCUAGGAGAGACUGUAUUCAAAGGGGAACGAUUCGCGCUGCGCUUUCGAUUCGACGAUCAGUACCCUAUCGAGUCGCCCGAGGUCGUCUUUGUGGUCAGCGAUGGAUGGAAAGCGCCUGAGGCGUCGCAUGUCUAUUCUAAUGGGCAUCUCUGCCUAUCCAUCUUGGGCGACGAAUGGUCGCCAGUCAUGUCCGUCUCUAGCGUCCUGCUGAGCAUCCAGAGCAUGCUAGCCAGCCAGAAGCAAAAGGAGCGACCACCCGACAAUGACCGCUACAUGAAGCAUGCCCCGCUCUCUCCAAAGGACUCUCGCUUCGUCUACCACGACGACACAAUCUAGACGCGCGCGCGUGGCACGCCACGCCACGCCACUGUCCCUCCUUUCCAACCUCCCAAGAUACCACUCCCUAACGUCGAACGGCAAUGUCAUCCAUCCCAGCAAGCACGGAAUGGUCUUCAAUCGAUCAAAGUCUGACGUCGUUGGCGUCGCCGGCUCAAAAUAAAGGACUUCCAUUUACCAUCGCUUCCCUACACUCGACUACAUUCCAGCUCACCGCCCCGCUCUCGCGCAUCACGAGCUCGUCUUUUUGUUCGCAUUAGCCAAGUAAUGCUUGAUGAGACCAGAAGUCGACCCGUCGUGCUUCUCCGCGUCCACCUUGGCAGCAUCGGCGCUGAGGAGGGGCAGGAUCUUCUUUGCCAGGACCUUGCCCAGUUCAACGCCGAACUGGUCAAAGGAGUUGAUGCCCCAGAUGA